UAAAAUCGCGGGAUGCAAAGAUAUUUCCAAAUUAAAUUGAUUCCAAGAAGUUCAACGCACUCAAACUUGACUUUGGCGACGCUGCACUUAGUCAUUGUCACAGGCUCCGUGAAUAAUGAACAGCGGGCGGCACGAAUUGUUAAUUGUGCAAAAAUCGCCAGAACAGGGAGGCGUCUUGCGCAGAUUUGCUGGCAAGUAAUUGUUACUUGAGAAAGAAAAGGACAGGAUGCGACCUGCACGAUAUAAGACGGCCCAACAAUUCACACUGGAUCUCACUCCUACGGCACGAUGCGCCGUUUGCUACUCGCAGUGCAUUUUCUGGUGCUGGCCGCUGCCUCCGAGGUGGCCGACUACCUACCCGUGACCGACGAGGACUACUUCUACGAGUGGGAGAGGGCAGGAAACCCUGUCGCUGGUUACUUGCCCUAUUACCGCAGGAAUGACCCCGACCCAACCGUUCACACCGGCCGUACAAGGGUUGGCCAGGGCUUCUUCAGGUUCAUGUCUGGUGGACGGGAUGCCGAGCUUCGCUGUGAUUUCCCAACACAUGAUCUAAUCUCAAAUAUAGUUUGGGAGAGGGUGACUGAUUCGACGGGCCGAAGUUACGCAUAUCAUCCGCUUUUCUUCAGAGACUUGUCUCAGAGAGAAUUUUACUAUGAUAGAACAGCUGCAGACCCCCACUACUACGCCCGAUCAACAGUUCUGCAGAGACCAGAGGGCGCUUCUCUUUACCUGAGGGAUGUGAGCGCCAGUGACGCUGGAGUCUACAGGUGUUUGGCCUCCAGAAGAGUUCCCCACAGCAUUGGCAAAUGGGCUAGCGCGGUGGAAACUGUUUUCCAAGACGUGCCUUUCUUCCCUGGAGGAGAGUACUACAACAAGUGAUUCGCCGCGCUCAGUUGACUUGAUAAAUAUAGUAAUUUAUGUGAUUGGGAUUGGUUAGGGAGAAGUUGAUAAGCGAGAAAACAAAGUGUAAGGUCUGGAAUCAAUUAGUAUUCUCGACAAUUUACAAAAUAAAAACUUAACGCAGAAUAUAAAA